AUGUCCCAUACAGUGUACGAUGAGGGCUUACAGGUGCCUGCCAACAGCAUCAUGAUGACCUGCCCUAGUGCUUUUCGCAAGAGUACUAAGACAGGUCCCGGGGAGGGCACUAGGCUUGUGGGCGGCGAGUUCGACUUGGAGACCAACUUCAUCAUCCAGGAUGCGGAGGGCAUUGGCUGCAUGGUGGAGCUGCUGGAGCAUUGCGACCUGCCGUGCCAGGCGGAGAUGUGGAGCAUGUUCACGGCCAUCCUGCGUAAGAGCGUACGCAACCUGCAGACUAGCACGGAAGUGGGCCUCAUCCAGCGAGUGCUGAUGCGCAUGAGCACCGUUGAUGACAUGAUCGCAGACCUCCUUGUGGACAUGCUUGGUGUGCUGGCCAGCUACAGCAUCACAGUGAAGGAGCUGAAGCUGCUUUUCAGCAUGCUUCGGGGAGACAACGGCGUGUGGCCGAGGCAUGCCGUUAAGUUGCUCUCGGUUCUCAAUCAGAUGCCCCAGAGACACGGUCCAGACACUUUCUUCAACUUCCCAGGACGCAGUGCUGCUGCCAUCGCUCUGCCUCCCAUUGCCAAGUGGCCUUACCAGAGUGGUUUUACCCUCAAUACCUGGUUCCGAAUGGAUCCGCUCAACAACAUCAACGUGGAUAAAGACAAACCCUAUCUCUACUGCUUCCGCACGAGCAAGGGCGUUGGGUACUCGGCACAUUUUGUGGGCAAUUGCUUGAUUGUCACAUCUCUCAAGUCGAAGGGCAAAGGCUUCCAGCACUGUGUGAAGUAUGACUUUCAACCAAGGAAGUGGUACAUGAUCAGCAUUGUUCACAUCUACAACCGCUGGAGGAACAGUGAAAUCCGGUGCUACGUCAACGGUCAGCUGGUCUCCUACGGUGACAUGGCCUGGCAUGUCAACACCAACGAUAGCUAUGACAAAUGUUUUCUGGGCUCAUCGGAGACUGCUGAUGCCAACCGGGUGUUCUGCGGGCAGCUGGGGGCCAUCUAUGUGUUCAGUGAGGCGCUCAACCCCGCUCAGAUCUUCGCAAUACAUCAGCUGGGACCAGGCUACAAGAGCACCUUCAAGUUCAAAUCUGAAAGCGACCUCCAUCUUGCUGAGCACCACAAGCAGGUUCUGUAUGACGGCAAGCUGGCGAGCAGCAUCUCCUUCACCUACAAUGCGAAGGCCACUGAUGCUCAGCUCUGCUUGGAGUCCUCACCGAAAGAGAACCCCUCCAUUUUUGUGCACUCACCUCAUGCCCUCAUGCUGCAGGACGUGAAGGCUAUCGUCACGCACUCCAUCCACAGUGCCAUCCACUCCAUUGGUGGUAUCCAAGUCCUCUUCCCGCUGUUCGCACAACUCGACUAUCGCCAGCAGAAUGACAGCCAGGUGGAGACAGCUGUGUGCGCCACACUCCUUGCUUUCCUAGUUGAGCUGCUGAAGAGCUCUGUGGCCAUGCAGGAGCAGAUGCUGGGUGGGAAGGGCUUUCUGGUGAUCGGCUACCUCCUGGAGAAGUCAUCAAGGAUACACAUAACCCAGGCAGUCCUGGAGCAGUUCCUCUCCUUUGCCAAAUAUUUGGAUGGCCUGACCCAUGGAGCACCCCUGCUCAAACAGCUGUGUGACCACAUCUUGUUCAAUGCAGCCAUCUGGAUUCACACACCAACCAAGGUCCAGCUGUCGCUGUACACCUACCUCUCAGCGGAGUUCAUCGGUACAGCUACUAUUUACAGCACCAUCCGGCGUGUGGGCACCGUGCUGCAGCUUAUGCACACCCUCAAGUACUACUACUGGGCCAUAAAUCCACAGGAGAGCAGCGGCAUCACUCCUAAAGGCCUGGACGGACCUCGGCCCUCUCAGAAGGAGAUCAUAUCCCUGAGAGCGUUCAUGCUGCUGUUCCUCAAGCAGCUCAUCCUCAAGGAUCGAGGGGUGAAGGAGGAUGAACUGCAGAGCAUCCUGAACUACCUGUUGACAAUGCAUGAGGAUGAGAACAUUCAUGACGUGCUGCAGCUUCUGGUGGCCCUCAUGUCUGAGCACCCUGCCUCCAUGAUCCCUGCCUUUGACCAAAGGAAUGGAAUACGGGUCAUCUAUAAGCUGCUGGCCUCCAAGAGUGAGAGCAUUCGGGUUCAAGGGCUCAAGGUCCUGGGCUACUUCCUCAAGCACCUGGGCCACAAGAGGAAGGUGGAGAUCAUGCACACCCACAGCCUCUUUACUCUGCUGGGGGAGAGGCUGAUGCUGCACACCAACAUGGUCACAAUCACCACCUACAAUACACUGUACGAGAUCUUGACAGAACAGGUGUGCACGCAGGUGGUGCACAAGCCUCACCCGGAGCCAGACUCUACCGUUAAGAUCCAGAACCCAAUGAUCCUGAAGGUGGUAGCCACCCUCAUGAAGAACUCCGCCCCCAGCACAGAGCUCAUGGAGGUCCGCCGCCUUUUCCUGUCUGACAUGAUCAAGCUGUUCAGCAACAGUCGAGAGAACCGCCGGUGUCUCCUCCAGUGCUCCGUGUGGCAGGAUUGGAUGUUCUCCCUGGGCUACAUCAACCCCAAAAACCCCGAGGAGCAGAAGAUCACCGAGAUGGUCUACAACAUCUUCCGCAUCCUGCUGUACCACGCCAUCAAGUACGAGUGGGGCGGAUGGCGUGUCUGGGUAGACACCCUGUCCAUAGCUCACUCUAAGGUGACCUACGAGGCCCACAAGGAGUACCUGGCAAAGAUGUAUGAGGAGUACCAGCGGCAAGAAGAGGAGAACAUCAAGAAGGGGAAGAAGGGUCUCGUCAGCACCAUCUCGGGCCUGUCCGCCCAGGCCUCGGGCAUCAAGGGCGCCAUCGAGAUCCGAGAGAUGGACGACGGCUCGCAAACGCAGACGCCCGAGAGCGAGGCGGACUACCCGGAGAGCGGCGAUUCGCGUAACCUGCUGGCGGAGGGAAAAGUGCCCGACGAGCUGGGACCGGCGGAAGCGCCUGUGGCGGGGGUUCGAGUGGAAGUGCACGAUCUGCUGGUGGACAUCAAGGCGGAAAAGGUGGAGGCCACCGAGGUGAAGCUGGACGACAUGGACCUGUCCCCCGAAGCCCUGGGCCUGGCGGACAGCGGCUCGCUGGUGGAGGUGGACUCCCUGCUAGACAACGUGUACUGCGCCGCCGUGGAGAAUCUCGGCGGCGCCGUUGCCAUCGGCGCCCUCGUCCCCAAGGAGAGCGCGGAAGACAAGGACACCGGCCCUCUCAUCACGCUGGCUGAUGAGAAGGACAGCGUGCCCAGCAACAACGGCUUCCUCUUCAGCAAGGUGGCCAGCGGCCCUGAUGAGAGGCUGCUUUGCGAGCUCGCGGCUGCCGAGCGGCUCACGCUGCCCUCCCCGGAGCCCCCUUCCAGCGACCUGGGCCUGCUGGCCCGCAUGGCGGGCGGCUCAGACCUGCCCUCCGCCCCCAGCCUCCUGGAGGACGCGGACUUUAAGCUGCACGACGCCCUAGGGGAUCUGGGUGCCGUGGGCAAGGCCGAUCCCGCGCCCAAGGUCGUCGACUUCGCCGCGGGGGGCGCGGCGGGGCCCGAUGGAGACGCCCCAGCGGUGAAAGCGGGGGGUAGCGUGGAUGCGGCCAGCACCAAUUCCGACACCGAGAGGUCCGACGAUGGCAAGGACAAGGUGAUGAAGAAGAUACAGACCACAGCCACCACUCAGACGGCGCACGGGCGGCCGAUCGGCCACAUGGAGCGGGAUCUGCGCGUGGACCUAGGCUUCCGGGGAACACCCAUGACGGAGGAGCAGAGGCGCCAGUUCAGCCCCGGACCGCGGACGACCAUGUUCCGCAUACCCGAGUUCAAGUGGUCACCCAUGCACCAGCGUCUGCUCACUGACCUGCUCUUUGCCCUUGAGACGGACGUCCACGUGUGGCGGAGCCACUCGACCAAAUCCGUGAUGGACUUCGUCAACAGCAACGAGAACAUAAUAUUUGUGCAUAACACGAUUCACCUCAUCUCCCAGAUGGUGGACAACAUCAUCAUCGCCUGCGGAGGGAUACUUCCGCUUUUGUCGGCGGCCACCUCGCCCUCUGGGAGCCGGGAUCGCUCCCAGAAAGUGGCAAAGACUGGCCAGGCAGCCCCUGCCCCCGGGAGCGCGGGGGGUGAGACGGAGCUGGAGAACAUCGAGGCCACGCAGGGCAUGUCCUCGGAGACAGCCGUCACCUUUCUGAGCCGCCUCAUGGCCAUGGUGGACGUGCUGGUGUUCGCCAGCUCCCUCAACUUCAGUGAGAUUGAGGCAGAGAAAAACAUGUCCUCCGGAGGGCUGAUGCGGCAGUGCCUAAGACUGGUGUGCUGCGUGGCCGUGAGAAACUGCCUCGAGUGCCGGCAGAGGCAGAGGGACCGGACUACCAAGCCUUCUCUGGCCAACAGCAAGACCCCGGACAACUUGCAGGGCAUCGUUGCAGGCAGCAAGACUGCCAUAGAGAAUGUCUCCAGUAACCUUUCUCCCAUCAAGGACCCCGACAGACUUCUGCAGGAUGUGGACAUCAACCGACUGCGUGCGGUCGUUUUCCGUGACGUGGAUGACAGCAAGCAAGCCCAGUUCCUGGCUCUGGCUGUCGUCUACUUCAUCUCCGUCCUCAUGGUGUCCAAGUACAGGGACAUCCUGGAGCCGCAGCGAGAGACACAAAGGGCUGGCAGCCAGUCCACGCGCAGCAUUCGACAGGAAAUCAAUUCGCCUACUAGCACAGAGAGCCCCCCCAUGUUCUCAGAGACCGUGAAGGAGCAUCUCACCCCUGUGGAAGAGCUGCCGCUGGAGGGCUCUCUGCCGCACACUGACUCGGGCAUCGGCGAGGAGCACUCUCCCAGCGUGCCUAACGGGACAGAGGUGGAACCUGGAGGCGGGUCAGACAUGGCGGGCGAGCUGCUGUGCGUGCUGCCGCCCGAGGCGUCCCGCUCCCGCGAGAGUCUAGCCGAACCCGUCGUCGCUGCCGCCGGCUCCUCGGAGGCGCUCAAGCCGGCUCCCUCCAUCUGCAGCGUCUCCCAAGGCAGCAAGGGUAUCAAUGUGAAGGAGAUCCUGAAGAGCCUGGUGGCAGCCCCUGUGGAGGGCCCCGAGAUGGGCCCCGAACCCCUGCCCUACCCAGACCCAGCUGUCAAGAGAGAGACCCAGAGCACCUUGCCCAUGCAGUUCCAUUCCUUCGACAGGAGCGUGGUCGUCCCGGUGAAGAAGCCGCCCCCGGGCAGCCUGGCCGUGAACACGGUGGGCAGCUCCAGCACGGCGGCAGCGCUGUCCUCUGGAAGCACACCCAACAUCUUUGCCGCCUCUUCGACGACGCCCAAGAGCAUGAUCAACACAACUGGUGCCACGGACUCGGCAACUUCCUCCACUUCCUCCACCUCCAGCUUUGUCAAUGGCGCCACCAGUAAGAACCUGCCAGCAGUGCAAACAGUGGCACCUAUGCCCGAGGACACGGUGGAGAACAUGAGCAUUACAACAAAACUGGAGCGAGCCCUGGAGAAGGUCGCUCCCCUGCUGAGAGAGAUCUUUGUGGACUUUGCGCCCUUUCUGUCCCGCACCCUGCUGGGCAGCCAUGGCCAAGAGCUGCUCAUUGAAGGCCUGGUGUGUAUGAAGUCAAGCACCUCGGUAGUGGAGCUGGUCAUGCUGCUGUGUUCCCAGGAGUGGCAGAACUCAAUCCAGAAGAACGCCGGCCUGGCCUUCAUUGAGCUCAUCAACGAGGGAAGGCUGCUGUGCCAUGCCAUGAAGGACCACAUUGUGCGUGUGGCCAACGAGGCCGAGUUUAUCCUCAACAGGCAGCGUGCCGAGGAUGUCCACAAGCACGCCGAGUUUGAGUCGAACUGCGCCCAGUACGCGGCGGACAGGAAGGAGGAGGAGAAGAUGUGCGAACACCUGAUCAGCGCUGCCAAGCACCGCGACCACGUGACAGCCAAUCAGCUGAAACAGAAGAUCCUUAACAUCCUCACCAACAAACACGGGGCCUGGGGUACUCUCUCGCAGAGCCACCUGGAUGACUUCUGGCGCCUUGACUACUGGGAGGACGACCUGCGACGGAGGCGGAGAUUUGUUCGCAAUUCCUUUGGUUCCACCCACGCCGACGUCGCGCUCAAGUCGCUGGAAGAGUAUGGCACGGAGGAAGACAAAGCGGUCAAGUCCAAGAAGACGUUCCGCAGCCAGGCUGUGGUCAACCAGAGCCCUGAGACGGAGCUGAUGCUGGAGGGUGAUGACGACACCGUCAGUCUGCUGCAGGAGAAGGAGAUCGACAACCUUACUGGCCCCGUGCUGUUGAGCAGCCCCGCGCAGCUCGUGGCCCCCAUGGUGGUGGCGCGCGGGACCCUUUCCAUCACCACCACGGAGAUCUACUUCGAGGUGGACGAGAACGACCCUGCUUUCAAGAAGCUCGAACCCAAGGUCUUGGCAUACACUGAAGGCCUGCAUGGAAAAUGGAUGUUCAGCGAGAUCCGUGCCGUCUUCGCCAGGCGCUACCUACUGCAGAACACUGGCCUGGAAGUCUUCAUGGCCAACCGAACUUCGGUCAUGUUCAACUUCCCCGACCAAGCCACAGUCAAGAAAGUGGUAUACGGUUUACCCCGAGUAGGGGUCGGCACCAGCUACGGUCUGCCACAAGCAAGGCGAAUCUCCUUGGCCACACCCCGGCAGCUCUUCAAAUCCUCCAAUAUGACCCAGCGCUGGCAAAGGAGGGAGAUCUCCAACUUCGAGUACCUCAUGUUCCUCAACACCAUUGCAGGGAGGACAUACAAUGACCUGAACCAGUAUCCCAUCUUUCCCUGGGUCCUCACCAACUAUGAGUCAGAGGAGUUGGACCUCACCCUACCUGGCAACUUCAGAGACCUCUCAAAGCCCAUCGGAGCGCUGAACCCGAAGCGUGCUGUGUUUUACGCUGAGCGUUACGAGACCUGGGAGGACGACCAGGCACCGCCGUGCCACUACACGUCGCACUACUCGACGGCCAUCUCCACCUUGCACUGGCUCCUCAGGAUAGAGCCUUUCACCACCUUCUUCCUCAACGCCAAUGACAACAAGUUUGACCACCCUGACCGCACCUUCUCGUCCAUUGCGCGCUCCUGGAGGAACAGCCAGCGAGACACCAAUGACGUCAAGGAGCUGAUACCAGAGUUCUACUACCUCCCGGAGAUGUUUGUUAACAGCAACGGGUACAACUUUGGCCUACGUGAUGACAGGACGGUGGUGUGUGACGUUGACCUGCCUCCCUGGGCCAAGAAGCCAGAGGACUUUGUCCGGAUCAAUCGGAUGGCCCUGGAGAGCGAGUUUGUGUCGUGUCAGCUGCACCAGUGGAUCGACCUCAUUUUCGGUUACAAGCAGCGAGGACCGGAAGCGGUACGCGCCCUCAACGUCUUCCACUACCUGACGUAUGAGGGCACCGUCAACCUGGACAGCAUCAGCGACCCGGUGCUGCGGGAGGCCAUGGAGGCGCAGAUCCAGGGCUUUGGACAGACGCCGUCUCAGCUGCUUAUCGAGCCACAUCCGCCUCGCAGCUCUGCCAUGCACCUGUGUUUCCUUCCACAGAGUGCCCUCAUGUUCAAGGACCAGAUGCAGCAAGAUGUCAUCAUGGUGCUCAAGUUCCCCUCAAACUCACCCGUUACGCACGUGGCUGCCAACACGCUGCCCCACCUCACCGUUCCUGCCGUGGUGACUGUCACCUGCAGCCGGCUCUUUGCCGUUAACCGUUGGCACAACACAGUGGGUCUCAGAGGAGCUCCGGGGUACUCACUGGAACAGUCCCAUCACCUGCCCAUUGAGAUGGACCCCCUGAUUGCCAACAACUCUGGAACAAAUAAGAGACAGAUCACAGACCUGGUGGACCAGAGCAUUCAGAUCAACACACACUGCUUCGUGGUGACGGCAGACAACCGCUACAUCCUGGUGUGCGGCUUCUGGGACAAGAGUUUCCGUGUCUACUCCACAGAGACAGGCAAGUUGACUCAGAUCGUGUUUGGUCACUGGGAUGUGGUGACAUGCCUGGCCCGGUCAGAGUCCUACAUUGGUGGCGACUGCUACAUCGUGUCAGGCUCCAGGGACGCCACGCUGCUGCUUUGGUACUGGAGUGGGCGGCACCACAUCAUCGGUGACAAUCCCAAUAACAGUGACUAUCCAGCCCCCCGAGCAGUCCUGACUGGCCAUGACCAUGAGGUGGUCUGCGUAUCUGUCUGUGCAGAGCUGGGCCUGGUCAUCAGUGGAGCCAAAGAGGGGCCCUGUCUGGUACACACAAUCACAGGGGACCUGCUGCGGGCCCUGGAAGGCCCUGAGCAAUGUCUGAGGCCCCGUCUCAUUGCUGUGUCCAGCGAGGGCCACUGCAUCAUCUGCUACGAGCGAGGUCGCUUCUGUAACUUCAGCAUCAACGGCAAGCUGCUCGCCCAGAUGGAGGUCAAUGAUGCCACUCGAGCCAUUCUCCUGAGCAGCGACGGGCAGAACCUGGUGACGGGUGGGGAUAACGGUGUAGUGGAAGUGUGGCAGGCCUGCGACUUCAAGCAGCUAUACAUCUACCCUGGUUGCGAUGCCGGCAUCCGUGCCAUGGACCUGUCUCAUGACCAACGGACCCUGAUAACAGGCAUGGCAUCUGGGAGUAUCGUUGCUUUUAACAUUGACUUCAACCGGUGGCACUAUGAGCACCAGAACAGGUACUGAAUGAACAACGGGAUGUGCGUUGGUCGACUCCGUUGGCAGAACACAGGCUAGCUGUGGAGGGGCGACAAAGUAAAACAAGUAUUCGAACAAGAAAGAACGUUAAAAACAAGGAAGAACUAGACUCCGGCACACUGCCUCUGCUACUGUUCUGCAUCACCCAGCAACAGCCGGUCAUGCUAUUCACAAGAGUCCAUUUUGUUGUCUGUCAUUUUGAGCUCUGCAACAAGACUUUGCCCCCACCCCCACAUCACAUGAUUAGAUGGCAGGGGCCAUCAGCAUGGUUUCCUAGAAAUUCCCACAGAUAUCUUCAUCAUGAAGACAUGGAACUUCUGAGGGUACGGUCUGGGCAGCAGCCAAAUGUCAGUUUAAUGCCAAUUUAAAAUUACACUUUGUUCAGCCUAAAGUUACUAGAAUGCAAAUUCAGGAAUGUCUGGUAAGGUUUUUAGUCAAACUUUUCACUAUCUCUUUCAAACUGAGAACUAGAAAAAUUUAUUUCCCCCAAAAUGAAAAUAUGUAUUGCUGUACUCAAAAAGUAGGGCCAUUGAACAUCUGUCAUUUAGUAGUAAAGCUGCACAUUCAUGCUUUUUCCACAACUUUUUAAUGCAAGAAUGUACUUUACACCAUAUGUAGUUAGCUGUCUGUCGGACUUACUCAGAGGGCACCCAUUUUUGUCAAGUCUUGGAGUCACUUGUCUGUCAGUAUACAGUACAAGCAAAGUCUGUUCAAUAUUGUUUAAUAUUCAGUGUAGCAGCAGCAACAGUGAGAAUUUUAUUUCUUCUGAAUACAGUGUAUUAUUCAGGCCGAAAUAACCACUGUGUCAAAUGUCCCUUUUUUGCUUCAUUACAUCAUGGUUUUAUUCUUUAACUUUUUCUAUAUCCAAAACCAAGCCAUUACGCAUGUUAUUAACUAGUAUGUUCAUUUCUGCAAAAAAUUGACAGUUCAAUUAGUGUACAGUUAUGUACAUACUGUGAUGAAAGGAACAAAAGGCAUGUGAUGGGAUUGUUUUCCCAUAAUGUAAAAGAAAAAACUCCCAGCAAUUUACUGACGGUACUUUCAUUAUAGGGAAGCAAUUGCACCAGACACAAUUAACUACUGUGGUUAACUUACAUCUCCACUGUACUAGUAUGUUGCAGCACUGGAUCCUUUACUCGUUGUGAUUUGUAUUUUAAGGAUUCAAAAGCAUAGGGCAGUCAAUGUGAGCUGUGUAACUAGAAUGUAAGCAAUAUCAUGACUUUACAAUCUGAGCAGAGAUCAUUUUGAAUGGAACUCAAUGGGGUGGUCUAUGUAGUCCUGUGAAUUGAGGAAAUGCCUGCACAUAAAUACAAUAUGUAUAUAUAUAUACAAAAAAGGGUCAAUGCCAUUUAAAAAUGCUGAAAUAUUUUUCGAUAUAGAAAAUCUUAAAAUGGUCAAUGUUUUAUUGCAGACAUUUAAAACAUGCCACAACUGUGUGAAAAAUAAAAUAUGCAAAUAAUUUGAUUUUUAAUUUUUUUGCCAUUUAUGUAUAAAACCAUCCCAAAUGGACAAGCUGCUUUGCAUGCUGGAAACCAUGAGAACACUGGGUUGGUGCUGUGUAUGUGCUUUUUUUUUUUUCCAAUGCUGUUUUCUGCCUUUGUAAUUUGCAAUUAGGUAAAGUUAAGUUAAAGUGCUUCAGUUCUGUUAAAUUUUAGAUAUUUGCCAAACUUUUUAAGUUUUAUUUAUACUUUGCUAGAGAACUGUUUGA